UGAAAAAAAAGUUGAUAUCCACUAUCUUAAAUUAAGGAUUAUUAAACUGCUACUAGGCUGAAAUUUAUUUAAAAAAAUUGGAAUAAUGCAAAGGAAUAUUAAACGUCACACUCGUGGACCAUUACGGGCAAUUAAUAACGCCUUGUCAACUAAUACAAAUGUAAUAUCAUUAUCAUGUAAACCAGAAAAAAUUACUGAUGUGGUCACAAGUCACAAAGUAGUGGAAAAUGAAUCUGAUCACAGGAAUCAAACACAGUCAACAAUGGAUAACAAUCUACAACCUGAAACACCCGUAAUGCGUGCAUCAUGUCGACUAUCACAGACGAAGUCGUCGCAAUCGCUGUAUGAUAUUCUACCCAUGCCUUUACGCUCCUCAUCUUGUCGAUCGGAUAAACAAUAUUUGAAGUCCGAUAUUCGUCGUCACUUUCCAAUCCGCACAAGUCUGUCAAAAUCCUCAUAUCAAGAAAAUAAAACUCCGAAGUGUUUUGAUGACACUCUUCAUUCAUUGACAAAUACUUCAGUAAUUGUGAAUUCCUCCUUAUCUUCCCUUGAUUCUACAUCUCCUAUUGGUGGUGAUAUCCCGCGUAAACGUCAUCUUGGCACUUGGCAAAUUUUAACAGAAUCAAAACAGUCCCGACUGAGUGAAGGUCAACAGUGUGUGAAGUUAAGAAAUGACAUUGAUACAAUUUGUCUUGCAAUGGGUUCUGAAGUAAAAGCGCAUCCAAGAUAUUGGAUGAGAAAAAGUGCUGCAGAAAUUCUUGUAACACCUGAACAAACUUCUCCUAAAAUUACUCCGAAGAAACAUCUAGCUCCUAUUUGUCCAGUCCCAAUGCCAAGUGGAUUUCCACUUCAGUUACCAGUUAGAUAUUCAUCUGUUUCAUUACCAUGGGAAUGUAGUAACUAUUCCAGACCGAGCUUAUCACGCACUGUUGAAACACAGACUUCCCCUAUUGAUUUAAACAAAAUUCCUCAAACCGAGAAACCCAAAGGAAGGAGGCAUACAGGAAUCGGACUUCGAAGCUCAGGUACAGCUCAAGUACUUCAAAAUAUUCGACGAAAGUUUGGUCACCUACGAAGAGCUAUAAGUGCAGAUAGACUGAAUAAAAAUUCUUCCACGUCAUUUGAAAAUUGUAAUCAGGAUCGUAUAUCUUCCACACCGAAUUCAAAUAAUACUAAUCAGCCUACUACUAAUGGGAAUCCCAACGUUCACUUCAAUCAUGAUCCUUCAUGCAAACUCACAUGUCAUGUUACGCGUAAAAAUCCUGAUGGUUCAGUGCAAAUUUCACUAAGACGUUCAUCAACUAAUGGUCAAUUCGGUUUUUUCAUUGCCCGUGAUUCAAAGGGUAAGUUUUAUUUUGAUCAAAUCAGGAAGUUAUGCGACAAGUUAAUACGGGAUUGUAUAUAACUUUGAAUAGCAUACGAACCAGGAUACAAUAGAACUGAAUACAUAGUCAUCUGUCUCAGUCUCCAAAUGGGUAGUGAAUACUGCUGAAUCGCAUUAGGUUACAUUUCUCUAGCACAUAGUUCAACAUGGAUGUCACCUUCGACAUUCUUUUUUGCAAAGUUUAUCCUUAGCAUGAAUUAAAUUGGUUUUACGCACGUCUGUUUUUCUAGUCAUCUAAAAAACAACAAUUAUUCUAAAGUCCUAUUUUUAUUACAUUUCAGGUAUUUAUGUCAGUCGGCUUGGAAGUGUUCGAUGUGCCGCUAAACUCUGGGAUGUAUUUCAUGUUGGUGACAGAAUUUUAGAAGUUCAAGGUAUACCGUGUGACAAUCUUGAAGUGGAAGAAGUUAAAAAUCUUAUACGAGGAUGUGAACUUGUCGAGUUCCGAGUGAAAUCAUCUCAUCAUUCAGACUAUAAAAAGAAUCCAUUCCGAUUGAGUCUUUCCUGAUUUAUUUAAUGCUUGUAUUGUAACCAAAAUUUCCUUAUUGCCUUUUAUACUACUGGCGUUUAACAACAGUAGUAUCAGAUGUCUUACAUCCUUCAAUCUAGUUGUACAUAGAUAGACUUUACAUUAUGAUUAUGAUUUUCUUUAAAUUAGAUUGUACAGAGGUUAAAUUUAAUCAUUAUUAAUACUAUUAUUCUCAUCCAUAUUAUCCUUAUUUUUCUGUACAAAUCAGAGUUUUACAAUCUUACUUUUAUUUACCUAGAAGAUAAUUUAAAUGAAUUUUUAUUAAUAUUUUUCACUCCUAUUUGUAUUAAUGCUGAUUUUAUAUAAAAGUGUAUUUAAUUUAAA